GCCUCUUCCUUUCAACAACAACACCACCAACAACUUCUUCCCAACUCCAUCUUGUUUCUUUAUUAAAUCCCCUUUCCCCCAUCAAUAAUAUCAAAUACUUGCAUUAUUGCAAUAUAAUUUGAUAUUAUUUUUCGCUUAUUAGCAAGUCUUGAGUACUUUUAAAGCUCGAGAUUUGGAUUUGCGACAGCUUCGGAUCUCACAUUUAAAAUCAAACAAACCAACAGACCCUCUGCUUACCUAUUUUCGUGUUUUUGUCUCACAAUAACACCACUUAUUCAUCAUGACUUCCACUAUGGAUUAUGAGAAUGAGAACGGCACUCGUUACGAAGGUAUUUACUCAUCAUUCUUUCACAUCCUUUCAACACAGACGCGAUAAAUCCCGAAUUUGUUACUAAUUUUUUCCCUUCACUUUUAGAUGAGGCUCCUCGUUACGAGCGUGAUCGCAGCGCAUCUCCUCGUCCAACCCGUCGCAAUGACAGCCCACGUGGAGGACCCCGCCGAUCUGCUUCUCCUGAUAGAAAUGGCCGUGCCGAUGAGCGGUUAGUUGAUUUGAUUACGAAACACAAAUAAUACAUUCUGACAAACAAUUCAGCAGCGGACCCAAGACCGAUCGUGGACCUGGCCCUCAGGAUGAUGGUGCAGUCAACCCUGGCUCUAACCUUUUCGUCACUGGUAUCCACCCACGUCUCCUCGAAGAAGAGGUUUCUCGUCUCUUCGAGAAAUACGGUGAUGUUGAGAAGUGCCAAAUCAUGCGUGAUCCUCACACUCGUGAAUCUCGUGGCUUUGGCUUCGUCAAGAUGAUCACUUCUGAUCAAGCUGAUGCUGCCAAAGAGGGAUUGCAAGGUGAGGUCAUCGAAGGUCGAACCUUGAGCAUUGAGAAGGCUCGUCGUGCUCGUCCUCGUACCCCAACCCCUGGCAAGUACUUUGGUCCACCAAAGAGAGGUAUGUAACUACCCAUUCUUUUUUAACUUACACAAUUAAUCGAAAGACAGAGGAUCCUCGUGGACCUCCUCGUGGUGGAUGGGGGGGAGAUCGUUACGAAGAUCGUCGCCGUGGUGGUGGAUACCGCUAUGAACCUUAUGGUGGUGGACGCUAUGGUGGCAGAGAGGACCGAGACCGAGGCUACAGUCGCCGUGAUCGCGAUGAUUACAACGAUGCUCCACGUGGAAUCGAUCGUUACGCCGGACCCCGUGAUGGUGGUGAUCGUUACAGUCGUGGAGGUGAUGAACGCCGUGGAGGAGGAUACGAAAACCGUGAUCGAGGAUACGACAGAGGUGGUCGUGAUGAUAGACCAGCUCGAGACCCGGCUCCUGCUGCUGCCUAUGGUGAUCAAGCUCCUCGUGGAGAUGCUCGAGAGCCAUAUGGAGGUAGAGCCUACGAUGAUGAUAGACAUUCCCGUCGUGAAUAUUAAUUGCUAACCAACAUAGGUGGUGAGCGCCCUGCUCGUUAAAUCGUACGAUCUCGAAGAACGAAAAAAGGCUUUGGAUCUACGGCUUUCAUUGAUGCGGGUGUACCUCCACUUGUGCUUCUCUUCUCGUUUGUAUUCAUCAUGGUCCAAAGCUUCGGGUGACGGAAAAAUGCAAAAUCAGUGCGCGGGUUUACAACUGUUUCGGCGGAUUUCGAGCGAAAACAACACGAUUCCUUUUUGAUUUCUUUUUACAACGGAUGCUAGGAUUUCUUUCAUAAUAUUCAGGUUUUUUCGGUUCGAUGUACGUUCAUCUGGGCGGAGUUCACAGCAAAGACGGUUCUUUAGUAUAGGGAUGCGUUCUUCCAUGGGACAAAUCACUGGCUCUUCACGAUCAACUCUCCCUCAUCACCUUAUGUCCUCCUUGUACCAAUAUUCAGCUGAGGCUGAGAUUUUCAUCACAACCAAUUUGCCACGGCCUAUACACCUCGAAGGUCUUGUCGACUUCGUUCGUCUUUAGUCGCCAUAAAAACAAAAGAAUUCGAUGCAACUCAUACUCAAAAUUAAUACCCAUGACAACAUUUCAAAAGAGAUAUUUCGCAAAUGCUUUCGAGACGUAUUACAUGUUGACAACAAGUUACAACGUGCUCGUUAAUCACGAAAAAA